AUGUUUCUUCUUCAUCUCGUAGCGUUAACAAACGCAGAACAUAUUCGUUCGUUAUUAUUAUCACAAGUGAAGGAUAUGAAAUAUCAAUGCAAUAUCUCUGAUUGUUCAGCUUCGAUCAAUGUUUCUUACUCAAAUCUUCGACAAUGUCAAAUCUAUUGUUUAAGCAAUACACAAUGCCGUACGAUCUCUUAUGAUGAAAUGAUGAGUCGAUGUGAAUUAUUUUCUAAUCUACCGAGUCAGUAUGGUCAACUGAUAGCACAAAAAGGUGUCAUAACUAUGAUAGCAAUCUCUGGUAGAUCGCCAUCCAUGUUAAGUACAGUUAGUCCAACGAUUACCAGCACAACAGCAACUUCAACUACUACGAGUACGUCAACAACAACUUCAUCAGCUGCUACUACCACGCCCAUGAUUACGCGAAAUUUGAUAAAGAAUGGCGACGCCGAAACUGGCAACUGUACACCGUUUACUGCUCAGGCGAGUCCCCCGUUGUGGUCUGCUAAUGGGAGUCUUUCGCAAGUGUUUUAUAAUGGAACUGUUAUGGGUACAUUUCUAAGUUCAAGCUCAACGCCGAGUGAUUAUGGGAAUUGUUAUUUUGGAGGUUAUACAUCUGUGAUUACAUCAAUACAACAAACAGGAAAUUUUAGUGAUUAUAUGAAUAUUGGACUUCUAAGCAAUCGUACAGUGAAGUUCAGUUUUUCUGCAUGGCUUGGUGGAUAUAUAGAACAGGAUGAUAAUGCAAAAAUUAGUUUGACUUUUAGUAAUACAGCAGAUACUAUGGUGGGAAGUAUAUUUACUCUUGGGCCAGUGCUCGCUGCAGACCGAAAAAAUCUGACAACGCUUUUAUUUCGACAGGUGAACGGUACAGUACCAACUGGAGCUCGCUAUUUCACAGUAUUAAUGACUAUGGUCACGAUUGAAGGAGGUUAUAAUAGUGCUACAGCUGAUAAUAUUUGUCUAAUUCUUUAUGUGUAA